AAUGGUGGAGGCUGGACCGUUUUUCAGAGACGUGUUGACGGCUCUGUUGAUUUCUAUCUUGAAUGGAAAUCCUACAAAAAUGGCUUUGGAAAUCUGAACGGCGAGUUCUGGCUUGGAAAUGACAACCUUCACCGUUUAACAGCCGUCGGUAUCACCACGUUGAGAGUUGACUUGGAAGAUUUUGAAGGAAACAUCAGGUAUGCUGAGUAUGACAAUUUUACGGUGGCAGACGAGGCAGACAAGUACAGGCUUUUGAUUGGAAGAUACAGUGGCACAGCGCGGGACUCCCUUAGGUGGCAAAAUAAAAUGCAGUUUUCCACAAAAGAUCAUGACAACGAUCAAUGUAGUCAUUGUAGCUGCAGCAAACUCUACAAGGGAGGCUGGUGGUACAUUUCCUGUCAUGGGUCCAAUCUGAACGGACUGUACCUUGGGGGUCCACAUAAGUCUUAUGCAGACGGAGUCGAAUGGUCCGGUUUCAGGGGCCUACACUACUCGAUGAAACGCGCUGAGAUGAAAUUGAAAAUCAAAGAAUGAAUCGUGCUCGAGAGUAACCGAGAAAAAACCCAUUUGAACUCAGAUCCAAAGUCAACGAAACACAGCGCAGUGGAGCAGGAACUGUGGAGGAGGGGGAGGGGGGUGGGAAAGGUUAGUCGAACGUGACGCUUGAUCGCUGAGUCAAUUGCACUUAGCGCUCAGGUAAGCUUUUCCUGCCCCCCCCCUUCCCCCCACUCCCCAUUUCCACUCAGGAUACGCUGAACUGAGUCAAUAUACUUAAUGAGAUAGAUGAUACCCCGAAAUCGUUUUUUCUUCCAUUUUUUUUGUAGUUUUAUCUUAGGAUACCAUUAUAAUCUGUAGACGUAGCCAUAGGCUCAUUAAUUUCAGUGCACGUAUAUAAACAAUAGGCUCUGUAUAUUUGGCACGGAAUUGUGCACGGAUAUUUGUCUGCGGACAUUAGCUGUUCUAAGAUACGAACAGCUCUCAGAGAGCUAAGCUCAAUAAAACCUGUGAGCUUCGAGAACAGAUAAUGUCCAAGGACGAAUUUACAACCAUAUUUCCGCGCCCAAUAGAGUUCUCCGGAAUUUUCUGCCUUCGAUAUCAAUUCGACUGGAAACUGUGAACGAGAAAGGCGAGGAUAUCCUCUGCUAAAUACUCAGUAUAAUGCUCAUUACAAUACUUUUUCCCCUUUUUCUGCAGUAUUGGUAUGUUAUUAGGUCGAAAAUCCCGAUAAGUAAUACAACAUACCAGCAAUCACUAAACUUUUUCAUUUUUUUACGAGGCAAGGGAGGGAGGGGUUUGAUCUUGCAACGACAAUAUUCAGUUUUUUUUCUAUGAGAAUUAUUCCCGAAUGAAACAAAGAUUUUAGGCUGCAGUGCAGCUUGCGUUUAAAAAUGUAAUUGGGAAACGCGCUGUUCUCAGGAAAAAUUACAUAGAAAAUCGGUGGCGCUUGCAUACGACUUUUCUCUACCAUGAUAUUGCGCGCGCACGCAACAAAACUGCUUUCCCUUUAAAAGAAUUAUUCGCGCGCGCAAGGUAUUCGUUGCGCAUGCACGUCACUAUUUUAUCCGGAUUCCAUGGUAAACAAGUAACGGUUUCCGUCAAGACAACAGAUCGCUCGAUUGUUUGCUUUCCGGUAAAAAAGAAGAGGAGCA